AUGGAAGCACAUCAGAAGAAGCAGCUGGUGGCGGUGGGUCUUCUUAUCUUUACAGUCUUUAUUUCUGGUGUUGGAGCUUGGACUGGUGAAAUCCAUGGCAGAGUUGUUUGUGAUGUCUGUGGUGACUCCGCCGUUGGACCUGAAGAUCAUGUUCUAGAAGGUGCUGAGGUAGCUGUUCUAUGCAUUACAAAAUCAGGGGAAGUUCUAAAUUACCAGGCAUUCACGAAUGAUAAGGGGAUAUAUACAGUGGCAGAGACGAUGCCUGAGAGCGACCGCUGGGAUGCAUGUCUGGCCCGGCCCAUCAGCAGCUUCCAUGAGCAUUGCACUCAUGUUGGGGAUGGUAGCUCAGGAGUAAAGUUCAGUUAUAAUCACCCAUCAGGCUAUUCACACACCGUCAGAACUUUCGUCUAUCGACAAGCAAGUGUACCAGCAUACUGCAUUUGA